GAUGCUCCUCUUUCCUUUUGUUACUCCUGGAGCAGGUGAGGGGUUCUCCAGGCUCUGUGCUGAAUUCCAGGGAUCCCCAGGAGCUGCUUCCCAAGGGGAAUGUUGUGUUUCCAGAUCCUUCUCCUGGCAGUGGCCACGGGGCCAUUCCAAGCUGGGGCUGCCCAUGAAGCCUGCAGGACAGCAGAGGUGGCCAACGUCCUGUUCCUGGUGGGGCACUCGGAGGGCGCGGGGAAGGAGAGCUCCAGGCUGCUCCAGGAUUUCCUCAGGAGCGUGGCCAGAUCCUUUGAGAACCUGGAGGUGGGAAGAGCAGGAGUCCAGCUGGGCCUGGCUCUGUAUGGGGAGACACCAAGGAUGAGCGUUGAGCUCACAGACUAUGUGACCAUCAAAGAAAUGCUGGAUGCAGUUCAGGAUCUCUCCUCCAAAGGCAGCAGCCUCCAAACGGGCUCAGCCCUGGCUUUUGCAGCUCAGGCCUUGUCCCACCAGGACACCCUGAGAGAGGAGGCAGCAAAGGUGGUGGUUCUGGUCACGGAUGGGAAAUCCAGCGAUUCCGUGGAAGAGGGAGCCCAGAUCCUGCAGGAUCGGGGGGUGACAGUGUUUGCUGUGGGGAUUAAGGAUGCUGACAGGAGCGAGCUGGGCAGGAUUGCUUCAGAUCCCACUGCAGAGCACGUGCUUUAUGUGGAAGAUUUCCAGCUGCUCCCAAACGUGGCUCCCAAGCUCUCCCGGAGGCUCUGCUUCACCGCCUCGGAGCCACCACGCCCUGCCAGGCCCAGGGUGCAAGCUGAGCAGAUCCUGGGCCCUCGGGAGCUGCGUGUCAGCGAGCACAGCCACAGCUCCCUGAGGCUCUCCUGGGUGGCAGCCACGGGCAGGGUGACAGGGUACCGUGUCCAUGUCCACCCCUCGCUGCCACCGGGGCAGCCGGAGCCCGAGCACCAGCGGCAGGUGGAGGUGGAUGGGGACACAACCACGGUGCUGGUGACAGGUCUGAAGCCCAGCACCAAGUACGUGCUCACGGUGAGGGCCAGCUAUGGAGGAACCCUUGGGGAGCCAGCAGCCAUCAAAGGGAAAACAACUCCUGUGCCUCCAGUCACCAAUUUCCGUGUCAUAGAGGAAGGACUUUUCAGCCUGAAGGUGGCUUGGACACCUCCCCUGGGCAAACUGGAGGGCUACAAGAUCUACAUCCCCAGGGCCAACAAGCCUGGGGUGACCCUUGAGAAGAUCCUGAGGGCUGAUGUCUCUUCCCACCUGCUGGAAAAUUUGCAGGAGGACAAGGAGUACAGCAUCAGCAUCUACGCCGUGUAUCCCGAGGGCCCGAGCCAGCCCGUGGCUGCUCUGGGGAGGACAUUGAAGCUCCUGCCUGUGGAGAAACUCCUGCUGCAGAACGAGACCACAGACACGAUCCAGGCCAGGUGGAGCCCAGUGCGGGGAGCAACGGGGUGCAGGCUCACCUGGGCAUCAGCAGAGGGCAGCAUCCAGGACGUGACCCUCGGCAGCUCCUACGGCUUCUACAUGAUCCAGGGGCUGGAGCCGGGCACGGAGCACACGGUGACCAUCAACCCCGUCUUUGGGGACAUCGAGGGGCCGCUGGUGACCGGCAAAGCCACCACGGUGGCAUCCAGCACUGUCCAGAUGCUGAAAGUGAGUGAGAUUUCCAUCAACAGCCUCCUGGUGUCCUGGGAUUCAGUUGCAGGAGCCACUGGGUACAGGGUGGCCUGGGGUCCAACGCCAGAAUUCUUCAGCAAGGGCCGUCCCCGUCACCUGUCCCUCGGCAAGGCGGUGACGUCCCACCAGCUCCGCAGCCUGGCCCCUGACACCGAGUACAUGAUCUCUGUGUCCGUGCUCUUCGGCCCCGGGGAGGGCCCCGCGGUCACCACCUCGGCCAGGACGGCUCCUCUGGGAUCUGUCUCCAACUUCAAGGUGAUGUCCCACACCAGCACCAGCCUGUCCUUGUCCUGGAGUGCCACAGCUUCUGCCACCAAAUUCAAACUCACCUGGAGCCCCGUGGGAGCAGGCAAAGGAAAACAGGUUGCCAGGACUCGGUACCUGGGCAGCAGAGUGUUGGCUCAUCGGAUUGACCACCUGGUGCCCAACACCCUGUACAGGGUCAGUGUCCAGGCUGUGUUCAGCAGGAGCGAGGGGCCAGAGGUGAUCCUGACUCACCACACAGCUCCUUCUGGAGAUCCCAACCCCAUCCCAACCAUCCAGGACCUGAGGGUUGCCAACACUGGUGUAAACACUUUGAAGCUGGCUUGGAAAAGGCUUCCUGGGAUAAGUCACUACAAGAUAUCCUGGGAGCCAUCCAAUGGUGACUCGGAAUCCUCCCAGCUGGUCCCAGCAGAGGCUGUUUCCUUCACGAUUCCCAAACUGAAGGACAACACCACCUACACCAUCUCCGUGUCUGCAGUGGGAAAGGGACAGGAGGGAAACCCCACGGUCCUCACGGCCAAAACCUUGGAUUUGCCCAAAGUGACGGAAUUCAGGGUGCAGGAGGCCACAGAUUCCAGCGUUUUGUUGUCCUGGGAUGCAGUUCCUGGAGCAUCCCUGUAUUUGCUGAUGUGGGGAUUGGCCUCAGCUCCUGCUCUUUCCCAGGAACUGUUACCAGCAGCUUCCCAAUCCUAUCGAGUCACGGGGCUGAGCUCCAAGGAAAUGUAUUUGUUCUCCAUAAAACCAGUGUUUGGAGACUCAGAGGGGUUGGAGACAACACUCCUUGGACAAACAGGAGCUCCCAGGGAGUCACCAACCCCUCCAGUGGCUCUGACACCGUUGGGUACGAGGGAAUCUCCAUCCGGACCUCCCAGCAGUGUGGGGACCAGUCCUCUCCCAGUGCCCACCAGCACAAAGCUCCCAGAGCUCCCAGUACGGACCAGCACGGUGUCGGCACCGCUGACAGCCCUGCCUGGGCCAAUUUGUGGGAAGCUCAAGGCAGAUGUUGGGUUCCUGGUGGAUGAAUCCUCAAGUGUCGGCCAGAGCAACUUCAAUAAAGUGAAGGAUUUCCUCUUCCGGAUCGUUUCCUAUUUUCCCAAGAUUGGGCCUCAAGGGACACAGGUUGCUGUUGCCCAGUACAGCGAGGAGCCCAGGGCAGCUUUUCACUUCAACCAACACCGCGACCGCAACGGAGCCCUGGGAGCCAUCAAAGGGCUGAGCUACACUGGAGGCAACACCAAAACAGGCCAUGCCAUAUCCUACGUGCUAAAGGAAUUGUUCCAGCCCUCCAGAGGGAUGAGACCAGGGUUUCCUCACAUCCUGGUGCUCGUGACGGAUGGACAAUCCCAGGAUGACGUGCUGCCCCCAGCCAGAGCAGCCCAUGCUUUUGGGCUCCAUGUCAUUGCUGUGGGGGUGUCAGGAGCUGACCCCUUGGAGCUCCACAGGAUCUUGCUGCAGCAGAACCCCCAGAACGUUUUCUACGUCAACACCUUCGAUGACUUCCCCCAAAUCCUCCAAGAGCUGAUAGAAACCAUUUGUUCUGAUCCUCAGCUUCCAGGAACCCAAAUACCACUGGAAAAGAGCUCCAGGGCCUCAGCAGCUCAUAGGGGUUAUGACCCCCACAGCUCCACUACGAAGGGAGAGAAAGGGGAACGGGGUCUCCCUGGGAAGGACGGCAUUCCUGGGCUGCCGGGCCGGCCGGGCCGGCCGGGGCCUCCAGGUCCCCCUGGAAUCACGGGGCUCCCUGGCAGCCAAGGUGACAUUGGAUCUCCGGGCUAUCCAGGACCAGCAGGGCCAAAAGGAGACAGAGGAGAGCCAGGCUAUGUCCUGGGAGGAGUGGAGGUGAUUCCUGGCCGGAAUGGGCAGCCUGGCCCCCCUGGACAGAAGGGGCAGCCGGGGGUUCCUGGGGUUCCAGGACCACCAGGUUCUCCAGGGCCACCAGGAAUCUCCAUCAAGGGUGAACCAGGGGAUUCAGGAAUCAGGGGUCCCCGUGGGAGGAGUGGCCUCAAAGGUGACAGAGGAGACACAGGAGAGCCAGGAAAACCUGGUUUGCCAGGCCCUGUGGGGCUCCAUGGGGUUCCUGGACUGCCUGGACCACAAGGAGAAAAGGGAAUGGCAGGAAUUGGCAUUCCUGGCACUGCUGGCAUGAAGGGGGAGGAAGGAGAGCAGGGAAUGAUGGGACCUCCAGGAGCACCAGGACCAAAGGGAAUUCCAGGACCCCCAGGGCAGAAAGGAGACCAAGGAAAUCCAGGAUUUCCAGGUGCUCCAGCCUUGGAGGUUUUGGGACCUCCAGGCAAGAAAGGUGUCAGGGGAGAUCCUGGACCAGCUGGACCACGAGGAGACAAAGGAAUCCCAGGAGAAAAAGGGGAGAAGGGAAGUCCAGGAUUUGGAAUUCCUGGCCAGCCUGGGCUAAAGGGAGACAUUGGUGACAGGGGAAAUGUGGGAUUGUCUGGGAAGCCAGGCCAGAAGGGGGAGAGAGGUGAAGCAGGAUUCCCUGGAAAACCAGGAGAGGCCGGGCUGAGAGGAAAAGAUGGAGAAGCUGGAGUCCCUGGAGAGCCAGGAGUGAGAGGAAUCAGGGGUCCUCCUGGACUCCCAGGACGACCUGGAGAGCAAGGAAUGAAAGGAGAUCCAGGAGAACCUGGAAUGGAUGGAGCUCCUGGGAAGGACGGCCUGAGAGGUGAAAGGGGCCCCCCAGGCCCAAAGGGAGAACCUGGCCCGCCAGGAAAAGGAGUGGAAAUGGAGGACCUGGAGAGGCUUUUUGAAGCGUAUGGGAUCAAGCUGGCGCUGCUGAGGGAGCUCUCCAACGCGAUCCUGCGGGACAGGCUCCUGUGGACCAGCAAAACUUCCAGGGAAAACCAGGCAGCCGUGCCUGUCACCGUUCCGCUGGUGUCCCACACUUCCCGCCGUGUCCCGGCCAGCGCCGAGGUGACAGGAGAGGGACAGAGCCUGGGGCUGGAGGUGCUGCUGUCUGAAGGAUCCCCUGAGAGCUUGGCUGUGCCCCCACCACAUCCAGGAGAUCUGCAGGAAAACCAUUCCCUGGAUCUCUCUGAGCCCCUGGAGGAGAGGCUGGAAGGACAACCCCAGCAGGACACCAGCCAGGAAAAUGGGAAUUCCGACAACGGCUCCGCGAUGCCGAGGCACCGAUCCAGGAGAUCUCCCGGGCAGGGGGGACACCCCAUGAGGAUCCCAUUCCAGAGCCAUCCCUGUGAUCCAGGAUCCAGCAGUGCCCCUUCCCUCGAUGCUCCAUCCCCAGCUCAUCCCCCUGGUGCUCCAGGAGCUCGGAAAUUCCCGUUGGGAUCCACGGCAUAUCCAGGCCCUCAUCAUCCAAGGAGAAUUAAGAAGGAGGGAAGUGGCCCAGCAGAUCCCUCCUCCCAUGGCCCCAAGGGAGAAAUGGGAGCUCCUGGUGCCCGUGGAGAUAAAGGAGAAAAGGGACAGCCUGGGGAUGUGGGAGAACCUGGAGAGAAGGGCACCAAAGGAGACAGAGGGGAAGAAGGUCAGAAGGGAGAACCAGGAAUUGGGUUCAGAGGUCCCAUUGGCCAGGCUGGGCCACCUGGGUUUAAGGGCGAGCCAGGGGCCCCAGGACCUCCAGGAGCUCAGGGCAUCCAAGGAAUUCGCGGCAACGCCGGCACUCCCGGAUCCCAGGGGGACAGAGGGGCUCCAGGUGUGCCUGGAAUUCCGGGACAGAAGGGGGAACGUGGGAGGAGAGGCCGGAGUGGAUUUCCUGGGCCUGUGGGACCAUCAGGAUCCCCAGGAAAAGAGGGAAUUCCUGGGACACCUGGACCCAAAGGCAACAAGGGAGAAGCUGGAGUUGGAGCCGCUGGCCCCAGAGGUCCCCAUGGAUUCCCUGGCCCCCGGGGUGACGAGGGCAUCGUGGGAAUGCGGGGUCCCCCUGGAAUGAUGGGUCCAAAAGGCUUCCCAGGUGUGAAAGGCCAAAGAGGUGAUCGGGGACUUCUGGGACCAAAGGGAGAAAGAGGUGAAUCCACGACUGUUUUUGGACGCCAGGGCUACAAAGGCACCAAAGGAGAUCCCGGUGAGCAGGGCCUGCCAGGUUUUGAUGGAGACAAAGGCGAGAAGGGAGAGGACGGACCUGUAGGAGAAAAGGGGAUCAAAGGAGAAGCUGGAUCCAAGGGAAUGAUGGGACUUUUCGGGAGCAGAGGACCCGUGGGACAAAAGGGGGAGCCAGGAGAACCAAGCUCACCAGGAUCUUCCGGUGCAGCAGGACUGGAUGGGAAAAAUGGGAUCAAGGGAGCCAAAGGUGACAGAGGCCUCCAGGGACAGAGGGGGAAACCGGGAGGGAAAGGUGACCCUGGGACCACUGGUGACACUGGGCAAAAAGGGACAAAGGGUUUUCGAGGGUUUCCAGGCCGGAGCGGCGCUCCCGGAGCCAAAGGUGCCAAGGGAGAAAUUGGCAGUCCUGGAAAACCAGGAAUUCCAGGAUCAAAUGGACAAGAUGGAGCAAAGGGAGAACCGGGAGCCUCAGGGAACGACGGCGCCUCGGGAAUUCCUGGGGAGAAAGGAGAAAAGGGAGCCAAGGGAGUUCCUGGGCUGGCAGGAUUCAAAGGACAGACAGGAUGGCCUGGGAAGGCUGGAGGGGCUGGAGCAGCUGGACCUCGAGGGCCACGGGGAGAGCCAGGGCCACAGGGUCCACCAGGGAAAAGAGGGAGAUCCCAGCUCUGCCUCCAGGGACCCCCAGGCGUGGAUGGGCCAAAAGGAGAAGUGGGGGAAAAUGGUCCUGCAGGGCAGAAAGGAGCCAAGGGAGAUCCGGGCCUUUCCGAGGAAGAGGUGAAGGAAGUGCUCAGGAGCGAGAUGAGAGGGAUUUGUGGUUGUGGAGGUCUGGAAGCCCACAGGGAGCUCCAAGGGUAUUCCCAGCCUCGGGAAUCCACUGGGAAUGGUGGAAAUUGGGAAGAAAAUCUUGGCACAACUCAUGGCACGACCCCAUUGGAGACCACGGUGAAGCUCUCCAUGGAGCCUCCCCCCCUCCUUCCAGCCCGGGCACGGCAGACAAUGGGAACCUCUCAGCCAGAAGCAGACAGCCAAUUACCAGCCCUGUGCCUGCAGCCCAUGGAUGAGGGCUCCUGCCAGCACCAUUCCCUGCUCUGGUACUUCCACAGCCCCACGAACUCCUGCCGGCCCUUCCUGUUCGGGGGCUGCCGAGGGAACAGCAACCGCUUCCCGUCCCGGCGGGAAUGCGAGCGGCGCUGCCAGGGCCCCGCAGGGAAAGGCAAUUUCAGGGAUUUGGCUCAGCAGGUGCCAGAUCCCGGAGCAUGGAUUGAGUUUGGAUCCCCCAUUCCCAGGGGAAUUCCCAAGAAAUCCUGCAAGCCCCCACGGGAAUGA